UCCUUUCAAUUGUAUUUACUGAGCGCCUGCUGCGCGCAGAGCGCUGUACCAAGCGCUCGGGAAAGUACGACGCCCCGGCGCCUCUACCCCGCUGCCUGUCCGCCGCGUGGCCUCCGGGCGAGUCGCUUCCCUCGGCCUCAGUUGCCGCGUCUGGAGAAUGGGGACGAAGACCGCGAGCUCCCCGCGGGCCAGGGCCCGCGACCGAUCUAACCUCGUAUCUCCGCCGGCAUUUAGAGCGGCGUUGGACGCCUGUUAAAGCCCGAGGAAUGCUGGAAUUGUCAUCAUCGUCGGGACGCGGUUUCCUCCCGAGGGGCCGUCCCGGCGUGGCGCUCCCCGAGCUUCCCGAACGCGGGGAAUGGAGCUGGCUUCCGGCCUGGAGUCCCUGCGGCUGGAAGGUGCCCCCUCGGCCUCGGGGGCCGCGGCCCCGGCGCGGGCCCUGGCCCGGAUCCUGCGGCGCCUCGCCCCCCGGGGGGACCGGCCCGGGACCCCCGGGGACGCCGCGGUCAAGGACCUGCGCGCCCUGCUCCAGGGUACCGACGGGCGCCGGCUCUUCGAGGGCCCCGACGAGCCCCUGCGAGCGCUGAAGGAGGUGGCGAGGGCCCUGUGCGGCCACGCGGUCCCGCCCCGGGACGAGCCGGACGCGGGGGCCGGCGGCCCCCGGCCGGGCGACGCGGCGGAGAGGGCGGCCGAGGUGGGCUCGGCCUUCCUCCUGCUCUUGGGGAAACUGGAAACGGCCCGAGGGGCCUUGAAACCCGGCACGGCGGAGCGGGCGCUGAGCGAGCUGGCGGGCCCCGUCUACGUCUUCGCCGUCACCCACGGCCCGGAGCGGCCCUGGACCGGCCCCGGCUCCCGGACGACGAGCCGGGAGGUGUUAGCUCUGCUCCUGCGGGUCGCCGGCUGUGGUUCCGUGGCGGAAUUCCUCCGAGGAGGGGACGGAGACGGCGAAGGGAAUUUCUCGGGCGUCCUGGGCCUCCUCAAACCCGAACUGAACAAGGAAUGUUGGAAGAGGAACCCCGCCACCCGGCACGUGUUCUCCUGGACGCUGCGCCAGGUCACUCGCCCCUGGCUGAGCCGCUACCUGGAAAAGGUCCUGCCCCCGGCGUUGCUCAUGUCGGAUGACUACCAGACGGAAAACAAAAUCCUCGGGGUCGACUGCCUCCAUCACAUCAUCCUCAACGUGCCAGCUGCCGACCUGCGCCAGUAUAACAGGGACCAGGUCGUGUACCACGCCCUCUUCAACCACCUGUACACGCCAGAGCCCAGUCUCAUCCAGGCGACGCUCCGGUGCCUGCUGGCCCUGCUGCCCGUCGUGGAGGGCCCCCUGCGCUGGCAGGCCGCCGCCCCCGGCCCGCGCUCCCACUCCCCGACGGACGACGUGCUGCGGCUGGUGCUGACCCACAUGGAGCCGGAGCGGCGCCUGCUGCUGAGGAGGGUCUACGCCGGGAGCCUGCCCGCUUUCGUGGAGAGCCUGGGGAUCCUGACGGCGCGGCACCUGAAGAGGCUGGAGCGGGUCGUCGUGAGCUACCUGGAGGUGUACGACGGGCCCGAGGAGGAAGCCCGCUUGGCCAUUCUGGAGACCUUGAAAGUCACCAUCCGGCACGCCUGGCCCAGAGUGCCCCGCAGGCUCGACGUCCUGCUGAAGGCCCUGUUGAAGAUGGUGUGCGACGUGGCGCGGGACCGCAGCCUGACGCCCGAGCCCGUGAAGGCCGCCCUCCUGGAGGAGGCCACCGGAUGUCUCAUCCUCCUGGACCGCUGCUGUGGAGGCCGGGUGAAGGAUCUCCUGGCCCCGCUUCUCCACAGCUGUGAAGACGGCAAGGUCCGGGACUGCGUCAGGAAAGUCCGAGACGCCGACGGACCCCCCCCGGAUGGAACCGAACGCGAUGCCGUUUAAAGUUUCGCUCUUUUAUUCGAAA